AUGAAUAACAUCAGCAGAACACCGAAAACAACACCUAUAACGGAUGAUUACGAUAUCUCGAAUACCGUUCUUGGCCUCGGUAUUAAUGGAAAGGUAGUAGAAUGCAAAGAGAAGCGUACGGGCAUGAAGCGUGCAUUGAAAGUUUUGCACGACAGCGCGAAAGCCAGGCGGGAAGUGGAGCUGCAUUGGAGGGCUAGCGGGUGCAUACAUAUCGUUGAAAUUAUAGACGUAUAUGACAAUACAUACGGAGGAAAGAGAUGUCUGCUGGUGGUGAUGGAAUGUAUGGACGGCGGCGAGCUCUUCCAGAGAAUACAAGACAACAGAGAAGGAGCAUUUACAGAGAGACAGGCAGCUGAGAUAAUGCACUCGAUUUGCGUGGCGGUACGUCAUCUGCACGACUCCGACAUCGCCCACCGCGACAUAAAACCAGAGAACCUGCUAUACACAAGCAUGGAGCCAAACGCAAUCCUAAAAUUGACAGACUUCGGCUUCGCUAAAGAGACACUUUCGCAGGCGGAUACAUUGCAGACCCCGUGUUAUACACCAUAUUACGUUGCACCGGAGGUUCUCGGUCCAGACAAGUACGAUAAGUCGUGUGAUAUCUGGUCCUUGGGUGUCGUGAUGUAUAUUCUUCUGUGCGGUUUUCCACCCUUCUACUCUAAUCACGGACUCGCCAUAUCACCCGGCAUGAAAAAGCGAAUUCGACUAGGUCAGUACGACUUUCCGGAGCCAGAGUGGUCAAACGUUUCCGCCGAAGCGAAGAAUCUCAUCCGUGGUAUGCUGUCUGUCGACCCGGCGAAACGACUCACAAUUCAUCAAGUGAUGGCGAGUCCGUGGGUGCGGCAGUACACGCAGGUGCCGCAGACGCCGCUGUACACGCACGCGCUGCUGCGCGACGCGGGCGACGCCUGGGCCGACGUGCAGGACGAGAUGACGCGCUCGCUCGCCACCAUGCGCGUCGACUACGACCAGGUACAAAUUAAAGCCUUGGAGCAGAGCAACAACUCCCUAUUAAAUAAACGACGGAACAAGGUGGGAGCUUAA